AAGCCUCUUCUUUCCCAGCAGGGUUUUUGCUUACAUUGGUCUUUAGAUCUCAGCAGAAGAAAGUUGUAUAUUUAUGUGAGCACUACAUGUAGGUGGAAAGAACAGACCCAGCAAGGCUUUUGCAUGGACUUUUAUUCGUUUGUGGCUAAAUUCUGCAGAAUAAUUCAUCUGGAACUGUGUGUUCAUGAGGUCCUCCUGCUUUUUCAUUUGCCGAUGGAUGAAAGGAAACACAUGGUAACGUUAUCAAGACGCCUGUGCAGGACCUGAGCCUGUCUGAGAGCCAGUUCAAGGUGUCGGGAGCUUGCCGAAACGUAGCAUCUUCUACUGGUUAACAUGGGAAUGGCCAGCUCUGCUUCUCUCCAGGACUUGUAUCUCCAGCAAGCAAGCGCAUUAAGAGAGUAGGACGACUUGACUUGGCUCGUACCACAGAGGGGCCACUGGUGGUGGUGGUGACAUCUCCACAAUUUGUCUCCAGAGAUGCUCCAUGGACUGAUGACACAGUCCAGUUGACUGAUCUAAAGUGCACACAGCUUGAGAGAUACUUACUACAAGGGAGCAGUGUUGGAGUGUCAGCUCUUGGGAUAUGGAUCUGCUUAGAGUGAUGGUGGCUUUGCUCUGGGGCUUUUGCUGCCUUGUGCAAGGUUUAGGGGAAAGCCAUGUCCAUUCCAGUUUUAUUUACAGAAGACUGAGGAAUCAUGAGCGAAAGGAGAUCCAAAGAGAGAUCCUCUCCAUCCUUGGCUUGCCACAUAGACCCAGGCCAUUCUCACCUGGCAAGCAGGCUUCUUCUGCACCUCUCUUCAUGCUGGACCUCUACAAUGUCAUGGCUAAUGAAGAAGAACAUGACAUGAUGGGGUAUACCUUGAGUGGAUCUAUGAUGGAGAGCAGGGGACUGAGAAAAGGUUACCCAACAGUAGCUAAUGGUUAUUCUCGGAAAGCCCAAGCUUAUCGCACAGCCCCACUGACCACCCAAAGCCCACCUUUGGCCAGUCUACAUGACACCAACUUCCUCAAUGAUGCUGAUAUGGUCAUGAGCUUUGUCAACCUUGUUGAAAGAGACAAGGACUUUUCACACCACCGAAGGCACUACAAGGAAUUCCGAUUUGACCUCACUCAAAUCCCACGUGGGGAAGCCGUCACAGCAGCAGAAUUUCGCAUCUACAAGGAUCGGAGCAACAAUCGUUUUGGGAAUGAAACUUUAAAGAUUAGUAUUUAUCAAAUCAUCAAGGAAUAUACAAAUAGAGAUGCAGACCUCUUUUUGUUAGAUACUCAGAGAGUACCUGCCUUUGAAGUUGGUUGGCUGGUGUUUGAUAUUACAGUGACCAGUAACCACUGGGUGAUUAAUCCACAGAACAAUCUGGGGUUACAACUGUGUGUUGAAACAUCAGAUGGCCGAAGUGUCAAUGUUAAGUCAGUUGGCCUUAUUGGAAGACAUGGACCCCAGUCAAAGCAACCUUUUCUAGUAGCUUUCUUUAAAGCAAGUGAGGUUUUGCUGCGCUCAGUUAGGGCUGCAAACACAAAAAGGAAAAAGCAAGACAAGAACAAAUCUUCAUCACAGCAAGAUGCAUCUAAAAUGCCUAGUAUUACAGAUUACAACACUAGUGAGCAGAAGCAGGCUUGUAAAAAGCAUGAGCUAUACGUCAGUUUUCGUGACUUGGGAUGGCAGGAUUGGAUAAUAGCUCCAGAGGGAUAUGCAGCCUUUUAUUGUGAUGGAGAAUGUUCUUUUCCUCUCAAUGCUCAUAUGAAUGCCACUAAUCAUGCCAUAGUACAAACUCUGGUCCAUUUGAUGUUUCCUGAACAUGUCCCCAAGCCAUGCUGUGCACCUACAAAACUAAAUGCCAUAUCUGUGCUUUACUUUGAUGACAGCUCCAAUGUUAUUUUAAAAAAGUAUAGAAAUAUGGUUGUCAGGUCUUGUGGAUGUCAUUAAAAGUAGUUUUUGACUAUAGAAUUUCGAGUUACAUCAUUACAGGCAAUGAACUGGUUAGGAUAUAAACCACAUUUCAAAUAUACAGUACAUCUCAAUAUACAUUUAUAUGUACAGUGUUAUGUAUAUAUUAGAAUUUUGUAAUUUAUUUUUUCAGUAAUGCUUUAUUAGAAAAUGCACCCUUGUGACAGAAUGCCUUAUGAACACAUUCAUUUUAAUAUUAAACUCUUAAGUUAAAUCACUCCAGAUUAACCACCUAUUACCAGAACAACUGUUUGUGUUUACAUGUACACAUAGAAAAACUUGUAAUUACUGUAUUUAAUAACUGCAAAAUGUGGUAAAUUAACCAUGCCAUGCAACUUUUCAUGUAGUAUUUAUUUAGAAAAUAACAUAUGAUGUUAAUCCACCCAUUGCUCAUCAACAACAAUAAAAAAUGUCAUGGUGUA